GGAAUUUUGAUGGGAUAAUCUUUUUUAGGGUACUUUCCCACAAAAUGAAACUUGAGGGACUAAAUUACAUUAAAAAUAUAUAUAACUAAAAAAAUUUAAAAAGUGAGAAAAUGUUGACUGGAAUCAAGGUAUCCCCAUCGACCACUCAACUCCGAUUGGAGUCGCCGACCUGCUUAGACAAGGCCAACGAUCCCAAUCAAGGGGUUGGUGGCCACGGGAGGAGCCCCCGUCACCUCUAAUUUGGGGGAUCCCAGCCACCGAGUCCCCCAAAUUAGGGGGUCGAGGGCUCCAACCCCGACCACCCUACACCCUGACAAGGUUCGUUGGCUUGGUUUGUGUCGGUGACCUCAAUCGGAGGAUUGGUGGUCGGUGAAGAGCCUGUCCACCUCUCGAUCGGCCAUCACCUCUCUUCUUUUUUAAUAAUUUUAUAUUUUAUUUAAUGUAAUUCAGUUCAUCAAGUUUUUUUUUGCGCAAAAGUAUUCUUAAAAAAAAGGUUGUCAUCUCAUAAUUUCGUCCAAUCUUGACGGAAUACUAAGGGGUGCUGCAUGACGAUGGAAAUAAAAAUUUAUGUAUUAUCUCAUGGAAUGAUUUUAUUUUGUGUUGCCCUGUGAUUUUCGGAAAAAUUUUCCCAAUAAUAAUGAUCACUAGAGACGGGAAGGGCAGGGAAUCCAAUUUUUGGUCGGAGAGUCUUCCGACGUCCGGCCACACGUUGCCUAGAGUGUAGCCGAGAGUCCGCCGGUUGACGGUAGAAUCAACUCCAACGUUGUAGCAGAUGACCGUUUACAUGCCCUUCUUCAGGGCAUGCACCACCGUCCGUUCUCUCACUCAGCUCCACGCCCACCUCCUGGUCACCGGCCUCCGCGGGGACCCACUCCCCUCCAACUCCAACGUUUUAGCAGAUGACCCUUUACAUGCCCUUCUUCAGGGCAUGCACCACCCUCCGUUCUCUCACUCAGCUCCACGCCCACCUCCUGGUCACCGGCCACCACGGGGACCCACUCCCUUCCACGAAGCUCAUCGAGUCCUACGCCCAGCUUGGCUGCCUCGGCUCCUCGAGGCUCGUCUUCGAGACCUUCCCCUCUCCCGCCGACUCCUUCAUGUGGGGCGUCCUCAUCAAGUGCCACGUCUGGAGCCGCUUCUUCGAGGACGCCGUUGAACUCUACCACAGGAUGGUCUCCGGCGGAGGGGCUGAGGUCAGCAGGUUCAUUUACCCUUCUGUUCUCAGGGCCUGCUCUUGCUGCCGGGCCCACCUCGGCACCGGCGAGAAUGUCCACGGGAGGGUAAUCAAAUGUGGGUUGGACUGCGAUGAUGUUAUCCGGACUUGCCUGCUCUCUUUGUACGGCGAAAUGGGGUCCACCUCUAGUGCUAAGAAGGUGUUCGAUGAAAUGUCUGAAAGAGAUGUGGUUUGUUGGAGUUCGAUUAUUUCGACGUAUAUUGACAAUGGGGAUGCGCUUGGCGGGUUGGGCAUGUUCCGUUUGAUGGUAUCAGGAGGUGUGGCCCCAGACUCUGUCACCAUGAUUAGUUUGGCUGAGGCCUGUGCCCAGUUGGGGUCGUUGUGUCUAGCCCGAUCGGUCCACGGCCAAGUACUGACCUGGAAUAUUGAGAGCAAUGAUGAUGGGUCGUUGAACAACAGUCUCAUCACAAUGUAUAGCAAAUGUGGUGAUCUGGCGAGUGCAGAGAGGCUCUUUUAUAACUCAUUUUACAGGAACACUGCUUCUUGGACUGCGAUGAUCUCGAGCUACAACCAAGGGGGUCGAUUUCACGAUGCAAUCAGUGUGUUCCUUGAGAUGCAGCGGUCAGGUGUGGGGCCCAAUUCGGUGACCUUGAUGGCUCUGCUGUUCUCUUGCAGUGGACUAGGGUGGGUCAGAGGAGGAAAGUCAGUCCACUGUUUUAUCAUUAGAAAUUCGGCGGACCCUGAAUAUGAUUUCCUGGGUCCACCAUUGAUUGAGUUUUACGCUGACUGUGGGAGACUUCGAGAUAGCGAGAAGGUCUUUGGUAUGAUUCAAGGGAGAGAUGUGGUCUCGUGGAAUAUGCUCAUUUCGCUUUAUGCAAGAAAAGGGUUGUUGGAUCGUGCCUUAUCAACUUUGGGGCAAAUGCUGACAAAUGGAGUAAUGCCCGACUCAUUUAGCUUAGCGACUUCACUUUCAGCGUGUGGAAAUUUGGGCCUUCUUCAAGUGGGCCGUGAAAUACACGGACAUGUUGUCAGGACAGGCUUCUCGAAUGAGUACGUUCAGAAUGCCCUGAUCGAUAUGUACUCCAAAUGCAGUCGUGUCGACUGGGCCCACAAUCUUUUCAUCAAUGCCCAGCAGAGAAGUGUCGUGACGUGGAACUCGAUGAUCUGUGGAUUCUCUCAGAACGGUUAUUCACAAGAAGCAAUCAAACUUUUCACUCAGAUGUACACAAGAAGAUUAUAUAUGGAUGAAGUCACGUUCCUAGCGGCGAUUCAAGCUUGUACCGACUUAGUUUACAUAGAGAAGGGAAGAUGGCUCCACCACAAGCUGAUUACUUGCGGCAUCAGCAACAGCAUUUAUGUUGAUACGGCUUUACUCAACAUGUACUCCAAAUGCGGAGAUCAAAGAACUGCCCAAAUGAUCUUCGACAGAAUGACUGAAAAGAGCGUAGUUUCAUGGAGUGCUAUGAUUGCUGGCCACGCGGGAUAUUUGGAGGAAGGGAAGUUCUGUUUCAAGUUGAUGAAGGAGUAUGGGGUCGAACCACAAAUGGAACACUUUGCUUGUUUGGUUGACCUUCUGAGCCGAUCAGGUAAUCUUGACGAUGCAUAUUCAGUGAUUCGUUCGAUGUCAUUGCCUGCUGAUGCGGGCAUAUGGAGUUCUUUCCUCAGUGGUUGUAGGGUCCACAGGAGGUUUGAUUUGAUCUUGACAGUUAAGAGGAAUCUUGUUAAUGUCGAGACAAGGGAUACGGGAUAUUUUUCAUUAUUAUCCAAUAUUUAUGCUGAAGAAGGGAACUGGGGUGAAUCAGGCAAGUUGAGAUCAGUGAUGGAAAGCACGGGAUUGAAGAAAGUCCGAGGAUACAGUAUGAUCGAGCUAGGCUAAAACUUAAUUUUCAGUUGGAGGACAAUCAUCUAAUAUCGCACUUUUCUCUACUUGGAGGGACACAAGGAGAAACAUGGAGAAGAAGAUUAUUGGAUUGCGCUCAAGAAGAUACGGUUAGAUGAUUAACUCGUCUUCUGAGGUGCAAUUCGGUAUGUUAUUCAUUUGUUCUCCAAGAACCGAAAACUAGAAAGCUGGAAGAUCUUUGCCAGGUAUCCUGGAAAACUGAAAACUUUUGAAAGAUUUGUCGAGUUCCGUCACCUGAACCGAAAUUUUGUUGAAGAUGGUUAGUCUCUGACCAAUAUACCUUGACACUGUUAAAAGCAAAUUCUGGCCACGGAAGGAAUGAAGUAAAAAGGAGUGUCCCCGGCAUCAUCUGGAAUACGAGAAAAAUGAGUACUUCUAUGAUGAAUGGACCUUGUUGAUCGAGGUUCAAAUCGUUUCGGAGUCCAUUACAGCUGAAGCGAAACAGAGGAGAGAAAAGCAUGCUUGACCUGAUUUUGACCUGUCUCGUGUCUCAUGUCAUGUACAGGCUGCUGUAUACUCUCACUUCUGUAGAUGAUUUAGGAUGAGAUUCUAACUGCAAAAAAUCAAAUAAAUAAAAAAAUUCCUUGUCAUCGCAAUAUCAAUUCGAUCGCAUGAUAGAUAUAUUUCUUUUGUUGAGUGCACAUAAUAGAUAUACUGAUCAAGUUCGUGGCAUUGCUGCAGGUAAUUGAGUCUGCACGAAUGUAAGAGUUUACUGGAUCGACAUGGUAUCCUUAUUUCAUCAACAUGUAAGAGUUCAUGUCUGCGAUUUGUUUCUAUACAAGGUUUACAAUGAGAAUUCGUCCCGAGAGAAUGUAUUAUAUCUUACAUGGAACACCGGGAAAUCAUUUGAAAUUUCGAUCUUC